GAGUUAUGUGGGUCCUGGUAUCCCACGUGGCUGCGCUUCACGCCGGUUAACAAAGCGUUGGACGUAACGUAAUCCUCGGAGUGAUGGUCCGUCGAGCAGGAUAAUGGUGAUGUGAUCAACGUUCUAGCUAAUAUCCUGGCAGGGAGUGCUGUCGUCUGAACACUGUGCUGUGGAGAGAGCGGAGGCCGAGAGAUGUUUCCGUGUCUGUCCGCUAUGUGUCGCUCUGUCGUCACCUCCGUCAUCAUCAUCACGAUAAGCUGUCCAUGGUCGGGGCUCAUGAUAUCUCGCAGGAGGACCGAAGCAGUAAUAAUAGCCAAUGCGACUGCAUACAACAUUGGCAAACCUGCUGUCUUCAAGUGUCAACUCAAAACCAACGACAACACUGUCUACGACCUCCGUUUCGAGUCUGAUCCUACAUCAGUGGCGGAGCGUGGUACGACGUCGGUGGAGGACAACGCCACUAUAACGCUGUCGGUGCCGUCACUAUUUCUAAGAGACGCGGGGACGUUGUAUUGCAUCACCAAUAAAACCACCCUAGCUAGAAAACUGAUUGUUGUUGGUGCACCUCCAGUUGCGGCGUACAACAUCAGCUGCGUCUCCUACAACCAGGUUAGCCUUGAGUGUAACGCACACGUGCACGAGACACCAGGGCCGCUUCAGACGCGAUGGACGAUAGAGUACAAAAACAGCGGUCGGGGCGGUGUGUACGCUAUUUGUAGCAGUUCUAAAGAGUGUAUUCUCCGCAUCAACAACGACAGAAACACCAACGUCUUCUUCCCUGCUCUGCGUCACACAUUCCGCGUAAAUGGCACCAACCGCUUGGGGCGCGCGACAAGGACGUUUGAAGUAGAACCGAUACUAGUUGUGAAGCCGGAUCAAGCAGAGAAUGUGUCAGCUUUGAUACUCAACAGCACGUGUCUCAAUGUGACAUGGACUGACGCCAGCUUCUCCAGUGUCGAUGUGCAGUACAACGUCACAGCUGGCUUACAGCAGGUGCUUGUUCCGGGACGUAUAGACCGACAGACAUUCUGGGUCGUCGUAUCCGACGUGCCCCCCUUCAGCAGUGUGACGGUGUCGGUGACGUCACGGCCGCUACUCGGAGGGUACACCAGUGACCCGACAUCGACAACAGUGUUCAUGCCUGAAGACAGACCAUCACCGCCCGUAAUACAAGCUGGGUCCUUCAACUCAGUACCAGCAGGUGCGCGGAGGAAGGUCGGAGUGUACUGGCAGGCCAUCCCUCGUGACCGGCAGCAUGGAAUCAUCAGAGGUUUUCGCGUGCUGGUCCGUCAGAUUCAACCCAGGUCGAACAGGACAAUAGUGGCUGAAGUGAGUGUUCCCAACACAAGUGUGUCGGCCCUCGUCGAUGCCAAUCUCAGCAUGUCUGUGAACUAUCUGAUGUCAGUGCAGGCCUGGACGGAUGUGGGCUUAUCCGACGUCGUAGACACAGCCCAGAUCUAUAUACCUGCUGUAUCUAAGAUACAUAACACAGCACGAUGGGUAGAAUCCGUCCUCGACAGUGCUGGUAUCUGCGACAUCUACUGGGAUGCCGUCGUCGACGGGGCGACAUCUACGGUACGACUACACUGGUGCUACGGCCAAAUGACCAGUCCAGGCUACGUAUCUUGUGAGACAAGUAUCCAAUCAAGGGUUGAUGAUGAUGCUGCAGGAGACGGCGUGGAGGUGGCGGUCGAGAAAAAAUCCUUCACCGCCUGCAGUACUUGCGUCUUGCAUUUUGGGGUUUCCAUGGAAACGGACGGAAUAAAUAGUGGAAUUGUAUGGAAUCGUUGCAGGUUCCAAAAAUUCAAAGCUCCGUUCGUCAAUGACGUCGUCGUGAGCACAGUGACGCGGACAUCGGUGUUGGUGACGUGGGGCGUGCCGUGCGUGGCGACGAACUAUGGCAGGCCAGAGUUGAUUAAUAUUGCAAUUACAUCUGGGAAUAGUGAGCCGGGACGUUGUGAGAACACUCGUCAUGUGACCGUGACGGCAAAGCGCUACAGCGACUCCGUCACCCUGAAGGUGGGAGAAUCCACCAUGUACACUGUGUGCGUCAGAGCUGUAGGGGGAGGCGUCAAAGGACCCUGGGUCACAAGGAAUGUCACCAUCCCGGGAUCGAUAGCUCUCGUUCCUCCUGAAGUAAUUGUUGGAGUCUCAGUCAGUUCUUCCACAGUGGCAGCCGCCAUCUUAAUAGCUUCCAUAUACUGCUGCAGAAGGAAGAAAUGGUUCGCCAAGAUUCAAAUCCAACUACCAACAUUUAUCAACAACAUGGGCCACCCAGAACAGGGUCGUUUUCUACCUCCGAUGAAUGCCUUGCCGAAGACGUCCACAGCUACCACAAUAAAGGCGCGGCAUUGUGAUGAAGCUAAGACAAUCGGGUCCAACACUGAGUUGGGAACGACACACGAGACAGUGGGUACAGGCCUCUUGACCUACGUCAUCGCAGGGGAUGAUAUCUCGCGGGACAACAGUAUCAACAUUUGCGUGGACUUCUCAAGUUCAUCAUCAGUAGAUGGGAUGUGUGCCAAUGUCCGCAACACCUCGCUCGUUGAUGAGAAACCAGAAAACGAUUCCAUGAGCAAGAAACAUGAGCUAAGAGCAAGCAACUUCUCCCUACGAGGCUCUGAUUUUGACAGUGAAGACCGGUGUGCAAAUCUGUCGUUGUCAGAUGUAUGGUUUAAGGGGAGUUGUGGAAGUGUCGAGGAUGCCGGAGUUUCGGAUGGGGAGUUUCCAGAGUAUAAAAUAUGUGUUGGGGAGGAGAAGGCGCACGGCGCAGACGGAGAUGGAGUGUCAGGUCAUCACUCGAUCCUUUCCUCCUGGCACCGUGAAAUAUGGUGACAGAAAGCAUCAUGGGAUGUCAGACUAUCAGCUUUGCUCAUGCGCGAGUGACAAGUUGCACUGUGUUUAUGGAGACCGUAUAUUUACCAGUCAACUAUGCACACAUGACGGUUGAGAUAUAAUCGGGGUCUGGUACAAUGAAAGCCUCAGCUAUGUCUUUAGCAGUUGUUCUGUUAUAUUCAGGCUUGCUAUUGGCUGAUGGUGACCAGUGAUCGAUAGUGUGGGCAUGCUUCUAAAUCAUCCAGCUCACAGCUCAUCUGCCUUGGUGGUCACACAUACAGGUAUUAACCACCCUCCAUUGUGACCUUGAAAUAUCCUCAUCUUCAGUCGAGUCACCUUCAUGUCUGAAGCACUGAUGUUCUUCUGGUCUUGACGUCCCAGGCCGAACUUCAGAGGAAGAUGGACGAGUGCAAGGCAGUGUGUCGAGGUGGUCCGGAAGGUGGUUUGUGGCGUGUGAAGGUGGUGUAAGGUGGUUACCUGUCGAGGUGGUGUGUCACGGUGGUUGAUCGUGGUAACUUAUAGCGGUGUCGCUGCCAGGUGGUGUUUGAGGUAGUUUUUCGAGGCGGUUUGUCGAAGUGGCUUUAUGACGUUGUGUUUCAAAUUGGAGUGUCGAGUAGCUUGUCGAGAUUACUUAUUGAGGUGAUGUGUCGAGGUUAUGUGUCGAAGUGGUGCGGCCAGGCGGUGUUUCUGAUUGGAGAGUCGAGCCCUACUUUCGAGGUCGUGUGUCCAGGCUGUGUUUCUAAGUGGAAUGUCGAGGUGGCUUGUCAAGAUUACCCAUUGAUGUAGUGUGUCGAGGUAGUGGCUUACGGAGGCGGGAUGGGGUCGGUUGGGUGUGUUAUCUGACACUGCGACACGGCUCCUAGGUCCAUGAAAGGACGUUGCAUUCCCUGUACAGCUUCCAGAAUUCGGACCAUGAUGGCAAAGAACAUCUCGUCACAGGACAAGAAGGACACUGUAUAUAAUAAUUACCUUUUACACGAUCAAGAAUCCCUAUAGAUUCAUCUAGCAUGUCAGUGACUGUCGGUCACAUAUAUAAAACACAUGGCUAACAGUUAUAUUACAGUGUCAUUUGAAAUCAUAUCAGAGUCAAACCGAACAAUAUUGACAACAGUUUUGAUGAUAUCUGUUUUGGUGUCAUGUAGAUAUACGUGUACAAUGAAUAGCAUCUCUGUACAUCAUCUGUGUUGCUCAUGGGAUGAGGCAAGACAGAAGCAUCUUGUAGAUCUACACAUUUACAUUGGAGCUGCUUGUCGUAAGAAGCGACUUACGUAAUCGGGUGGUCAGGCUCGCUGACUUGGUUGAUGCAUGUCAUCGUAUCCAAAUUGCGUGUAUCGAUGUCAUUGAUGUCAAUCACUGGAUAGUUCUGGUCCCGACUCGAUUACUUACAGACCGACGUCAUAUAGCUGGAAUAUUGCUGAGUGCGGCGUUAAACAACAAACAAAACAAAACAUUGGAGCUGUACAUGUGUUUAAGUAUUGAUCAAAGAUUGUCUCAUUGUCUCUAUCAAGAUUGUCAUGUUGUGGAAGACCGCCUCCGUGGUCUAGUGGUAGAGAGUCCGCCCGGAGAGCGGAAGGUUCGAUCCCCGACCGCGUCAUACCAAAAGACGUUAAAAGAUGGUACUUGUUGUUACCCUGUCUGGCGCUCGGCA